AAAACAAACGUUCGCUCAAAAUCCUCUCAAAAACUCCCUCUCACCUCUUCAGUUCUCAUAUCUCCUCUCACCAACCAAAAAAGCUCAAAGAGGAGAAAAAUGGCAGCCUCCUCUUCAAUCACCGCAGCCCAAGCUCUCCUCAACCGGUCCCUAACCGGCCCAUCUACGGCCCACUCAGACAGGCCAAUAACCCUCUCCCUGGGCUUCCGAGAACUCUGAUUUGGGCGCUGCGGGGCCACAGAAGGGGGGCGGAGGGAUCGCUGCCGGUGAGGGCGGGCGGCGUGGAGGCGGUGGAGGCCGGGGCACGGAGGCGUGGUUGAGAAGUCGAUCAAUAAUUAGGUUUCUUGAGCGAUCGACGCGGUCGAGAAGGCGAAUUCGGGCCAUCCUGGGCUCCCAAUGGGAUGCGCGCCAAUGGGGCAUAUUUUGUAUGAUGAGAUUAUGAGGUACAACCCGAAGAAUCCGUACUGGUUUAAUAGGGAUAGGUUUGUGCUCUCUGCUGGCCAUGGAUGCAUGCUUCAGUAUGCUCUCCUGCAUCUCGCUGGAUAUGACAGUGUGAAGGAAGAAGACUUGAAGCAAUUCAGACAAUGGGGAAGCAGAACACCCGGUCACCCUGAGAAUUUUGAAACACCCGGUGUUGAAGUCACUACUGGUCCUCUUGGUCAGGGUAUUGCAAAUGCCGUUGGUUUGGCGCUUGCUGAGAAGCACUUGGCUGCUCGCUUCAACAAGCCUGAUAAUGAGAUUGUCGACCAUUACACAUAUUGCAUUCUUGGAGAUGGCUGCAAUAUGGAGGGCAUCUCAAAUGAAGCUUCCUCUCUUGCUGGCCACUGGGGUCUCGGGAAACUAAUUGCUUUUUAUGAUGACAAUCAUAUUUCCAUUGAUGGAGACACCGAGAUUGCAUUCACCGAAGAUGUUAGUGCUCGGUUUGAGGCUCUUGGUUGGCACACUAUUUGGGUGAAGAAUGGUAACACUGGUUAUGAUGAGAUCCGUGCUGCUAUUAAAGAGGCAAAGGCUGUUACCGACAAACCCACAAUGAUUAAGGUAACCACCACCAUUGGUUAUGGAUCACCAAACAAGGCAAACUCAUACAGUGUGCAUGGUAGUGCACUUGGUGCCAAGGAAGUUGACGCUACUCGUCAGAACCUUGGAUGGCCUUACGAGCCAUUCCAUGUGCCAGAGGAUGUUAAGAGUCACUGGAGUCGCCAUGUUGCUGAUGGUGCUUCUCUUGAAGCAGAAUGGAAUGCCAAAUUUGCCGAGUAUGAGAAGAAAUACCCGGAGGAAGCAGCGGAAUUGAAGUCGAUCACAACCGGAGAGUUGCCUUCUGGAUGGGAAAAGGCUCUUCCUACAUAUACUCCUCAAAGUCCCGCAGACGCUACGAGAAACCUCUCACAGCAGAACUUGAAUGCACUUGCCAAAGUACUCCCAGGAUUCCUUGGAGGCAGUGCUGAUCUCGCCUCCUCUAACAUGACACUAAUGAAAAUGUUCGGAGACUUCCAGAAAGCAACCCCUGAGGAGAGGAACCUACGGUUUGGUGUCAGAGAACAUGGGAUGGGAGCAAUUUGUAAUGGCAUUGCCCUCCACAGCCCUGGCCUUAUCCCCUACUGUGCUACCUUCUUUGUCUUCACAGACUACAUGAGAGCUGCAAUGAGAAUAUCAGCUUUGUGUGAGGCUCGCGUUAUCUACGUGAUGACUCAUGAUUCCAUCGGUCUCGGAGAAGAUGGGCCCACCCAUCAGCCUAUCGAGCAUUUGGUGAGCUUUAGAGCCAUGCCUAAUAUAUUGAUGUUUAGGCCAGCUGAUGGCAAUGAGACAGCUGGUGUCUAUAGGAUAGCUGUUCUCAGGAAUAAGACACCCUCGGUUCUUGCGCUCUCGAGGCAGAAGCUUCCUCAGCUUCCAGGGACUUCCAUUGAAGGAGUGGAGAAAGGAGGAUAUAUUAUUUCUGACAACUCCUCUGGAAACAAACCAGAUGUCAUUCUCAUGGGCACCGGCUCAGAAUUGGAGAUUGCUGCCAAGGCUGGGGAUGAACUGAGGAAAGAGGGGAAGACUGUCAGAGUUGUAUCUUUUGUUUCGUGGGAGUUGUUCAAUGAGCAGUCUGAUGAGUACAGGGAGAGUGUCCUUCCGGAAGCUGUUACCGCUAGGGUUAGCAUUGAGGCAGGGUCCACACUUGGCUGGGAGAAGUACAUCGGGAGCAAGGGGAAGGCGAUUGGUAUUGACCGGUUUGGGGCCAGUGCUCCUGCGGGAAUAAUAUACAAAGAGUUUGGUUUAACAGCGGAGAAUGUUGUUGCAGCGGCCAAAUCUCUAUAAAUUGUUCUUUUAGAUGCCAAAUGUUAGAAGGCCCUUUUACGGUUCUGAGGAUGAAGUGGGAGAACUGAGGCUGGGUUUAAAAGAUUACUAGUGUGGCCUCUUUUGGAUAAAAUGAACUCUGAGUUCUUCCCUCUGGUCAUUUGUUUAUGUUGAGCAUUUUGUAGUCUGUCAAUGGAUACUUGAUUCUGCAGCAUCAAACUGUACUUUGUGUAUGUGGUUAUUUUUGAAUGCUUAAAUGGAGACUAAUUGGGAUGAUUCUAUGGAAAUGAGCCAUAUUAUUGUUCCGUCUCUCUUACUUUUGUUGUC